AUGUCCCUCGAACGCUUAUUGGUCGACGAGGCUAUCACGUGCCUCAUGGAUUACGAUGCUGAGGAGGAGACAGGGCCCAUCCUGGACGUUUCUCUUACGCUUUAUCUACAAGAUUUGGUGAAUCGCGAGCAGACAUAUGAACUAAAAGGUAUACGACAUAUCGUAAGGCCAAUCGACGUAGUGCGCUGA